AUGGCAGACACCUUUGUUGAGAGGGUCAGCCCUGUCGCUGUGAUAAAGGGAAUUCUAUCCAAUUAUCCAUUCUCUGUUGGUAUCUUGCGUGAAUUGCUCCAAAACUCUGACGACGCAAAGGCCAAGUUACAGACAUUCGUCCUCGAUUGUCGAACCCAUGGUACAAACCCCCUCCAAGGACCAGCGCUCCUCGCGUUCAACGACGCUCAAUUCUCGAAGGACGACUGGGUCGCCCUUCAGAACAUCAGCGAAUCCUCAAAGAGGGAGGACACUUCAAAGAUAGGAAAGUUUGGGAUCGGGAUACGAUCCUGCUAUCAUGUUACGGACCACUUGCAAAUCCUCUCGGGUGAUACUCUUGUGACCUUCGACCCAACUAAAUCUCUGUUCAAAGAGGGAGCUUCAGUUGUGACCCUGUCCAGUGAGGUCGACGAAACUGCCACAGAGCGGCUGCGACCGUUCAGUAGAUUCGUCGGCGCCAACUGGACCGGUGGGCCAUUCGAUGGCACGGUUGUGCGUCUCCCUCUACGAACGACGCCUAGCGAAUUGCAGACCAAAGUGGCCACAACCGAAGAAAUUGGCCAAUUGAUGAAAGACUUUGUCCGCGACGAACUGAAGAUUUGCAUGCUGUUCCUCCAGCACCUCCGUUCUAUCAAUUUGAUCAUGAUCGACGACCAAGGCGAAACGGAGCUCGGUUCUUCGACUAUCGAAAGCAAUCAGAUCUACGACAAUGUCGAUGAGAAACUCGUCACGCUCAUCGAUGGCACAUCCGUGACGAAGCGACGGUGGAUCGUUCAGGCGUCACACUUCGCUGACGAAGAUGCCAUCGCGCUUCUUGCAGCAAGGACUGGUGGCUUAAGUGACACACUUCUCAAACGCCAUAAGCUCCGUCCUCAUGUAGGCAUCGCCUUCCCACUUGACGGUGACGACGCGAGGGAAGUCGGUCAAUUGUUUACCUACCUCCGAUUGCCAUUGUCGACUGGGUUCCCCGCCCAUGUCCACGCUUUCUUCGCCCUGACGCCCUCUCGCCAGAAUCUCAAGAACCAAGGAGACCCUACUUUGAUGAAAGGUUCGGAUGACCACCUUCUCGUCGAAUGGAACAAGUUGCUUUUCGACAUCUUCAUUCCACGAGCAUGGGGCCACUUACUUUCCAGCCUUGUCCAAACGCAGUGCGGCACCGAUGUUUUCAAAGCCUGGCCCCUGGCCCAGUCCAUCUCCUGGUGCGGAGAAAGCAUCUACUGGAACAACUUCCCGCACAACGUCUUAUCAUCGGCCAUCGAGCAGCAAGCGCAAGUGUGGCCCGUGCACGGUAGUUCGCCUCUCUCCCACAAGAUUCUUCAGGGCGUCUUCGUUGCUACAACCGCUACGCCAACCGAGGUUCUCGACAUCCUCUCGUCACUUGGCUUCUCUAUCACGCGUCCUCCUGCAUAUAUCACACAGAUGCUUCAAAGCCAGGACUACAGCAAUCGGGGUGUCAAGUUCCUGACCCCGGAUACCGCAGCUACUGAACUGAAGACCCGGAAGCCCGACCUAGCUGAGGUAAACCACAAGGUCAUCCUCGAGUAUCUCCUCUCGACGGGAAACCUGAGCAACAUCGUCGGCAUCGAAAUCAUCCCCACAAUCGCAAACCGCCUUGUUGCGCUCGAGAACAGGGGUUCAACGACCAUCUCGCACACACUCUUGGAAGAAUUCGACGCUCAACUCUUCCGAGAAUGCGAUGAUCAGGCCAUCCCAUUGCAUGAAUUCUCGACUGCGGUAUCAUCCCUGCUUCGUCGGCUCGGGCCUAACAGUCUCAACGUCAAGCUGCUCGAUGUUGGUCGAGUGGUUGAAUAUCUCUCCCUCCAUCCAACGCGGGUCGGCCGUGACCUCGCUUCCUCCCAACCUGAUUCCAUGGCCGUUGAAUUCCUAUCCGACUUUUGGGUUUGGUUUGAAGGCUGGGGAAUGAAGAACCAACUGCGACCCAUGCUCUCAACGCUUUACCUCCUUCCCUGCACCCAUGGUCUGCGUGAGGCCAAUAGCCCUGUCUUCAGCACAGUUGGGCGCGAUCCUGUUUUGGUAAAGUUGCUGGAGGGGCUAGGCGUUCCAUUCCUGUCGUCCACCUUCAAGCAAGCCUCAGAGAAGGUCCUUCGCAAUUGCCACCUUGUCGUGGACAUCGACAACAUCCACGCCCUUCUCAACACUCUUUCCCACUGCCGCGCCCCUACCCUGAGCGAAAGCGACGCCAAACUUAUUCUAGGUCAUAUCACCACUUGCCACGCGCGAUCGGUCGCCCUCAGAGGUUCGCUCACGAAUUCGCAACGUGAUGCACUCCGGCGAUUGCCCAUCUUCCCUGUCCUCCACGUCGAUGAGACCACAGCCCGCAAGUCGACAGUCUGGCAGUCGCUGGAAUCCUACAACAGUAUCCAAGGCAUCUCUUCGAACUGCAUCGUCCCCGUCAUCCCUAAGACUGCAUUCUUGCCCACUGACAUUAUCAGUCCGUCGGCGCUGUCCCUAGCAGGUGCUACAACGACAACCCUCAGCCCAUUAGGCGUUCUUGAUCUCACUUUACAAUCCAACCGACUCCAGCACCAGUCACCUGCCGUCUUAGAGGACAUCAUGGCUUAUUUAGCAACCCGACGCAUCUGGAUCAAUGACAACACCCGCCGGGCAUUGAUGCGAGAGAAGAUCGUCUAUAACGCCAGCGGAACAUUAUGCGCCCCUGAAGACCUCAUCGACCCUUCGAACCCUCUGUACACUCUCUACUCCUCCGACCCAGUUCGCAUCCCGUCCACCUCGGAUGAAACUCGCGCGAAAAUCUGCAAAUCAGCCUCGACCCUCGGCCUUUUCGAUGCGGAAUUAUCGUCAGCAAAUGUCAUGGACAGGGUUAAUUGGAUCGCGGCCAACGCGGACAACCCCUCCUUUGUUUCCCAUUCCCUCAAACUCCUCGAAAUCCUCGAAGCUCGCGGGUUCAACUGUUGUCACCUCAAUCCAUCGAUUCGAACGUAUGCCUGGUUGCCCACGCAAGAUGGGUGUCUAGUUCCCUCGACCCAGUGCAGACCCGCCACAGACGAUCCGCAGCUCUUCGAUCAAGUGCUCAAAACGUUCCAUCCCAACGCUGCGCUCCCCUCUUCCCUCAUCAGACACCUUAGAUGGAACCAGGAGCUCCCUGUAAACGUCCUCACGGAUCAAAUGCGCAUCCUGUUGCAAGGGUCACCAUCGUGCCAACAAAUCGUGACUUUGUUGAAGGCGCUCGGUCAGCGUACCUUGCUUUCCACCGAGCAGGGGAAGAUCAGGGAGGUCUUAUCGGGAAGGUUAUGGGUGCCGACAUCCCAUUAUGAGCUUGUUGAGCCUUCGCAAGUCGUCUUCAAUCAUUCCAUACCCGAAGCUGGGAUCUUCGUGAUCGCACCUGCUCUCAGUAAGGACAAAGGUGCUUCGAGAUUACUUCGUCUCCUGGGUUGCUCAGAAAGCCCUUCCUUCGACAUGAUCCUUGCGGCUUUGAACCGCCUCUCAAACCAACCUCCAUCCCAAGCAACCGCAUCGGCAGCCAUUUCCCUUCUUAAAUUCGUCACAGCCAACGGGGACCUUUCCGACACCCAGCGCAGCCAACUGUUGGUUCCCGACGAUGGGAAUCGCCUCCGAAGCAAAGGAGAGGUCGUCUUCAACGACAUUGGUCAACAGGCGAUCCUGGUCCAACGGGACGGAUUCGACUUGGCCCAUCCUCUGAUCGACAACUCGCUCGCAAUUACUCUGAGAUUGGACCGCUUGGGGCUUAAAUACAUCGACCUGCAGGAGGAAUUCGAGGAUAUGGGUGCCACUGCCGUUACCCUGGUUCAGAAGGCAAUCGCUCAAUACACCGAAAAGCAGUUCCUAUCCGAGUUCCUCGCCAAUGCUGAAGACGCUGGCGCGACUAGGUUCUCCGUUGUCCUCAACGAAGGGUCCGGUCCAGCAUUCACUUCAAAGAAGCUGCUGUCCACGGAAAUGGAGAAAUUCUACAACUGCCCCUCUGUCCUUGUCUACAAUGACGGGGUUUUCAGCGACAACGACUUCCGAGGCCUGUGCAAGACUCACAUUGGAGGGAAAAAGGAUAAUCCAAGCAGUAUCGGCCAAUUUGGCCUUGGCGCGUUGACGAUGUUCCAUUUCGCAGAGAUCGCUGUCGUUUUAUCUGGAAAAUACGUGCUAUUCUUGGAUCCGUCCAAAUCCAGCCUUCCAGUCCCUCGGGCGUCAAUCAAGCUACCACUCAAGGAUCUUGUUCGCUGGUACCCAGACCAUUUACUCCCAUUCGAUGGAUGCGGCCUCCCCGAUAUCGAAAAAAUCAAGAGUAGUGGAGAAUAUCCGGGGACUAUCUUCUUCUUGCCAUUACGGUCGGGUUCUCACUGCAGUUCCCGAGGGAUCUCUCAGAAGACCUGUUCUGCGUUGAAAUUCCACAAUCUCCUCUCCGAAUUCCGAGAAACAGCGGCUCAGAAUCUAUUGUUCAUUCGACUUGCCCACAUUGAGGUCUCGUCCCGCCAUGUUGGCUCACCACGAUCUCUCUGGAAAGUCACUGCCACCAGAACACCCUACGACCAUGAUGGGUUCACCUUCAUUGACACAGUUAUCGAUGGCGAUGGGAAGCGUGCCACGACAAAGUGGCUCAUUGUGUCCUCGAGCCGCUCACUGAACGAAGUCCCCGAAGAAGUGCGCUAUGAAGGCAUGAAGCACAUCCGUACAGGACUCGCAGCGUGUCUUAGCAGCAAGCACCCUCCUCCCUCCAAGUUCUUCUCAACUCUCGCUCUCGCGAUUGGAACAACUCUCCCCGUCCAUGUCAACGCCUCCUUCUUCUUGUCCCCAGAUCGCCGACAAAUUCGCCACGAUGCCUACGCCAACAAGGAGACACGUUUCAAUCAGUGGCUUCUGUCUGAUCCACUGCCACAGGCCUAUCUUGUGCUGCUGGAAGAGAUUGCAAAGAGUAGGAAGAACGAUAGGUGGUGGCCGGAGAACUACGCGAACUAUGCAUCUUCGGCGGUAGACGACGUUGAACCAGACGACAUAUUAACCUCCAAUCAAGACGAUGCCCUUACCUCGACGUUGAUACGAAGCUUUUACUCCCUCCUCCCAUCCACUGAGCGACGGAUCCUCACUCCUCGCUACGCUCAUCCGUCACGGUCCGCCUUAAAAGUGAACGAAGCAGUGUUUCAGCCCACUGGCCUGCCAGACGGCGUGAAAAGGGUCCUCGACAUUACAGAACCAUUGUAUCUGACCAAACCAGCCAUUCGCUCUCGCGUCUGGAGGGAAGCUCGGUUUUCUUGCCUGACUCCCGAGCAUGUCAAGGACUUGAUCCUGGGUGGCGCAGUCGCUGCCAUCCAGUCCACCUUUUCGAACGACGAACGACGUGGCCUCCUGUCCUACCUCUGUUCUUCCGAUCCACUUAACCUCCGAGGACUUCCCCUUCUUCGCCUACAAAGUAAAGAAUACACAACAUUCGAAUCUUCGGGGCAGGAUGCGACCAAGUUCAUUUGGGAGAGCUCAGCGAUCGUCGAAUCACCGUUCCCACUGUCUUCCUUCGUCGCUCAAGGUGCACUUCCCUCGGACGUCAUUUUAUCUGCCCGGAAGAGUGGACUCAAUAUUGCCGUCUUUGACCUUUCCGCCGUGGAGAACCUUACCAGACAAGAACUGAGCAGAAGAUCGCCGCUCGAACGCAAAAACUGGAUUACCGUUUUCUGGAAGGCAUACAGGACGCUCCCAGGUGGACGGGACCUUCAUCUUGCAAUCGAAUCCCUUCCCUUAGUUCCUUCCAUUUCCGACAACUUUGUUUCCCUUCGCCAAUGCAAGGACGACAAUGUCCUUGUUGCAAGUGCCCUUGACCAAGAGGACCGUCUGGAGCUCAUUCAAGAUUUCGGUGUCACCGUCGUUUCGCGAGAUCGAUGUCCAUCGGCGUUGGCGGAAAUCCUACGGAUGUCAGAGUAUCACAAAUCGGGACCCUUUUUCCAUCGCGCUCUUCGUUGCUUCCAAUCAAACCUUUCAGGUGUCAUUUCUUGCUUGUCCGCCUGGCCCGACAGUCGCCGCAAAGAGUUUUCAAAGUGGUUCCGCAGUCAGCUGUACACCAAGCCUCCCAAAGGCCUUCUCCCCACGGCCAGACAACUCCCUGUAUGGCCAGCCCGGCGGCUUGCAUCAAAGGACUGGAAGGCGGCUUCGGAAAUUCGGUGCCUUCCGUCCGACCUUGAUGUAUCAGCUGCAGAGCUACUGGAUGUUUGGGUUUGCAAGAAGCCUGCUGCACAGCAUUUGGGUGUCGAGACCUUGUCAGUGGAAGAGCUGAAGCUCCAUCUACGUCUGCCUCACAUCCUUUCUCAACCCGAUGAAUCAGUCUAUCUACCGAUCCUGUCGAAAAUCCUCUACCUCCGCAAACCCGGCGCCGUUAAGGUUCCAAACAUGAACCGUGUUAUGGUGUCAUCGAAAGUGCUUUACUCACGGGAAGCACUGUUCGAGGCAGCGUUCAAACAAGAUCCCACCAAAUUCCUCCUUCGGUCAUACAGCGCUCUCGAAGGCCAGUUGCGGCAAAAGCAGCUCAUCAAUCGGACGAGCGAGCUGAACAUGUCUAUGUUCACCAUCUGCGCCCAGGCGCUGCACGACUCUGACGACGAUGAAGGCGACAAAGUAGAGCGGGCUAGGGUCUUGUUUCGAGUCUACGGGGAAGACCUGCCCUUGAAGGUUUCGGCGAUCACUUUUACCAACCAAUGGGAUCAGCUUGACCACCUGAGAUUCAUUCCGAGAAGCAUGUCGACAGACAAGACUCAUGGAGGCUGGACCCUGCCAGUCCCCAGCCGUGUAGCCGGGCUACCUGAAGUCGUCUCUCCUCGCGAGUUGGUUAGGAGGGAAUUUGAAGACAUCGCUUGGACACAACUGGCUUCAUUCGCUCAACAACCCAACCAACGUGUCCUGCUCGCAAAUGACAACCUUGGCCGCCCAUCGCUCAGCAAUGUGCUUGCCCACCUUCGCGCACUGUGCAAAAUGCGCCCUGGCCCGGACGUCCUUCACUACCUCAAGAGUACAUACGCGUGGCUCAAUGCCAUUGCAUCUGAAAAUACCACCGCUAUCGAGCAGUUGAACCAGGAGAGUAUUUUCCUCAACAUCGACAACCCGAACGCAUUCGACACCUGGAGAUGGACGCCCGCGUAUCAUAUGGCGUUCGAGAACCACGAUCUACCGACCAUUCAUCGAGUCCGACCUUUCCUCCUUGACUACAAGGACCUUCUCAAGGCCGCUGGCGUGCAGGACGUUGUCUAUCCCGAUGUUGACACUUCACCGGCUAAGGAGAACACGGACGAAGAGUUGCUGAAGAGGAUGAGGACCGGUUUCGCAAAGAUGAGAGAUGAUCUACAAUUUACCGACGUCGUCUUUACCUCUGAAGAGGAUGAGAGCACCGAGAAGCCUCAGCAGUUCUUCGCCCACCGAAACUUCCUCUCCGUCUUUAGCGGGUACUUCCGGGACAUGUUCACUGGGUCAUUCGCCGAAGCUCAGCAAGCCUCGGUUUCGGCACCUCAUGCGAUCUCACUCCCGUAUUCCAAUUUCGCGAUCCAAACCGUGCUUGAUUAUCUGUACACUGGAAGCGUGAUCAAUCCUAAACAACCCGACUUGCCAUUCGAAGACUUGCUUCAGGCGUUGGAACUCUCCCACUACCUCGACAUCAAGAGCCUAUUCGACAACAUUCAGCUUGAGAUCAUCAAGAGGCGCCUUAUUGACCCGCUCACGUUGGAGAAUGUGAAAGGUCGCGCUGAUACGGUUCAGGCGACGAGGCUAAGCAAGUACUGCGACGAUUAUGCACGCUCGAAUAGGGAUUACAUCCGCAGGAUUCAACAGGACGCAAAUUGA